AUGAAACAAACAAAACUUUCCUUUCCGACAUCAAAAACAAGCCAAAAGCCUCUUUCUCAACAUCAUCAUGAAACUACGGAUGAAAAUCAUAACAAGAAUGGAAAAAAGAGAAAACAAAUUGCAUUGGAGUCUACAAAAUUAAUGAAUGAAGAAAAUAAUUUAAAGGAUUCGGAGACUUCAUUGGUUCACGAACAAACACGAGAAAUCAUAUUGAAUAGAAUUAAGAGGAUUAAAAAUACAAUGAAAAGCUCACAUGAUUUGGAUACUCAAAAUAAUACGAGCGGUCCUGUCAAUAAUAAUGCCAAAGAAAAUAACGAAAAAAGUCUUCCACAAAAAGAUUCCGAAGAGGAUUAUGAAAUUAUUUUGAACCACGGUUUUGUAUUAAAUUCGGAAGAUAUAGCUUCUGCAGAGAAGGAAACGUCAUUUGUUCCUAUUGAAUGCCUGUUGUUGGAUGAAGUCGAUGAGGCUCCUGACUUUAAUUCGAUUGAUGCAAUCUCACACGAAACGAUACAACUCUCUCAACUUUUCUCGAAUGUGGAUUUUGUUGUUUUAUACUUUUUUAAACAAAGCAAAAAGUCGAAAGACCAAUCAAAUUUAUCAAAGAACUUCUCAAAGAACUGGAAGACAUUUACAAAGGAACGGAAAGCUAAGGUCAUUGGAGUGUGUGCACCACAACAUUUUCAACAACAAGAAAAAUCAUGCAAGCAUUCAAUCAUUGUCGAUAAAGACCUAUCAAUUUGCAAAUUGUAUAGAUGCAUGGAUUCCAAGUUCACAAAGCCACAACUUGUGACAUAUAUCAUUGCAAAGGUUGGAGAUGACACCUCUAGGCUGAAAAUUGUGAAAAUUUUUCACAAAACACCACCUAAUACUCUUAUUACUAACAUUCUAACAUUUAUUGACAGUUUUUCAAUGAAGGAAUUUGAGGAACAAUCCUCACACUUUCAUUUUCAGCUCACACAUUCACCCAUUAUGAACUCUAUUCAUGAUGCAAGCAGUAAAUUAUUGGCAAGCGUCACCGGAGAGACUAUACACGACAAUAUUGUGGAAUUUAUUUCUGAAGGAGAAGCUUUUCAAGCCUUACACGACCAUUGCUUCGAGCUGGUUCAACACCUCAAAGAUCUUGAACCUAAAACAAGAAAAGUAUGGGAAAUUAUCCUUCUGUAUUUGAAAAAGAUUAUCAUGCUGUGUCAGAAAAUACACAAGGAAUAUCAUACUCAAGUCCAUUCGUAUUUUCAGUCCUCUAAUUUUUGGACAAAAUUCUGGGAUGAAAUUUUUGAGAUAUUUUCACAAUUGAGAAAUGGUUCUCUAUUAUCUUCUCUUCAACGUCAUGAACUCAUUCACAAAAUUAUCGCCUUAGAAAAGGAUGGUCACUUGGGUUCAAGACUUGGAAGGACAUUAUUUGAAAAGAAAGAGAAAAAGAGAUAUUUACAAAUUGUUUUUGAAAAUUUUAAACAGAGACCCACACGAGAACAUUUUAUUGAAAUUGAAAAGAACUUUUUUCAUCAUUGUACGGACAAAAAAGAAGAAAUGAUUGAGAAAAUGAUUGACUUUUGGGUUUCCAACUUGGAUCAUCAUGCUCAUGAUGUACUUUUUGUGUCAUUGGGAUCUGAAGAUCAUUCUAAAAUUUAUCAAAUUCUAAAAUUAUUGGAUUCCCAUGUGGAAGACACUCCUGAAGAAUUACAAGCAGCAAAAAUUAUUGUGCCGAGCUUUCCCAAAGAAAUACAACAAUUGUGUAUGAAGAGAAUGAAGAGCUUGUGUUGUAAAAUGUUAAAUUGCCUUCAAGCGAGGAUAAGGUAUUUACUGAGCUCGAGCAAGGAAGAUUCUCCAUAUUUGGAAAUGUUGAGCGGCCAAAGCACAAUGUCAAGCGAAGAAAUGCAGCAGCGUGCGUUUAUUCAACGACUUGAUCUUCGAUUUCAGGAAGAGAUUCAAUACAAGGAACUUAAACGCAAGCUUGAACAUGUGGAGAUUCCCUAUUAUGUGUACCCUUCUUUUCCAAAGGCAUUUCAAGAUUGGGCUCUCAUACUCCGAGAAGCCAUUCAGAAUGUUAUUGCUGCGAAUGAAGAUUCAACCAAAGAUAAGAGCGUUCUGACAGCAGAAUUAAGGUCUCAAAUUUCGGCAUGUCUUUCGAAGGAAAUUCAAAAAGUUGGCCAAGAACAAUAUUGUGCCAUUUGGGAAUUGUUAAAUCAACUACAAACAAGUAGGGCAAUACGAAAUGAUUGUCUAGGAUAUGAAUUUCAAGAUCAAAAUGGGUUGGGAAUGGUCACAAUUUUACUUUCCAUGAAAAAUUCAAAGUGA